AUGGAUUCAGAUAUGUUUUGGAAGUCCCCUUCUUCAUGCAGAGUCAGUAAGGUCAUCUGGGUUGUCAAGCAGCUCCUAUUAUUUGUUGGUAUCAUCACCACUGCCCUCCUUAUGUUGAAGCCAUCAUCAAAAAUCUCAUACACCUUCAACCUCUUAUGCUUUAGCAUUCCAAGCUUUUGGUUGUCGUUGAAAAGCUGGUUUUCUCCUCCUUAUGUUUACGUUAUUAUAUACUCCGUCCUCAUUCUCAUAAUUAUCCUUGCCUCUUCAUCUUCUUCUUCAUCUACCUUUUCCUUCGUCCACCACAACCGGUAUCAUCAUGACUUCAAGGAUAUUAAUAUAUCUAUGGACACCACUGUGUUCAAAGACAAAGGCCUGCAGAGUCAUUUCGUAGACAAAUUUAUAGUGGGCUCAUCACCAGAGGUUUGGUCGGUGGCUGAUUCCGGUGAUGAAUUUCCACAGGAAACUUCCAUGAUGAUGCCAGAGAGUGGCCGGAAAUGUACUGCUGGAGAGACAAAGGACAGAUUGGAGGAGUCUGUGUUAAAAGCAAUUGUUUGUAGGUGGGAGGAUGAUGAUCAAUACAAGACCCUUGAUGCCAAAUGGAAGGAUAUAAAGGAGGAUCGGAAACAACUAACAAAGCACAGGAAGAGCCAAACAUGGGAUGUGCCACAUGAGAAUAUUUUCAACUUGGCUCCGAGGGAAAUGAGGAAGUUGGAUACGUUCGUGGGUGAAAGGUCAUCAGUUAGGGCAAUUGGGGGUUUGAGGAGGGAAGAAUUGCUAGGUCAUGAUGAGCUGAAUCGCCAAGUAGAAGCCUUUAUAAAGAAGUGUAAGAAAGACAUGCCAUUCAAGAUCUGA